UAAUUACACCACUAUCACACAUCUAUCUCCCUUUCUGCAUUUAUUUUCUGUUCAUCAUUUCAUCUACACUCUCUUUACUGCCUUGAAUGUGGGCUUUGAUUAAAGACCUUCUAAUAUCAAUCUGAAUCUUCCACUUAAAUUCUGCUGUGGAAUGUCUCUCUUUACUCUUUUCAGUAAUUUUUGAACAGAGUGCCUGCUGAUUCUGAACCAGAAAGCGGAAAAUGGGACUAAAUUCUUCUAUCUGAUCAAAAAGGUAUGCCACUGUUAAUAUAUUAUUUGUUUUCAUAAUUCUUUCGUUCUGGUUCGAUGUUGAGGGUUGUUUUUGUGCUGGGAUCUGCUUUUGGAUCUCUCGUAUUCCUUAAUUUUGUUUUUUACUAAUUUUUCUCUUGAUACUGAGGCUAACUUCAAUACCCAUAUGGAAUUUCUAAUUGUGACGAGUUAGAUCAGAUCAAAAGCUUACCAAACAAAAACAAGGUGGUGCUGUCACAGAUGGACAGUCAGUUCCUAUAGCUUCACUUCUUUAUUUAAAAAAAUGCAGAGUUCUUUUUUUAUUAUUAUUUUUUUAAUUUUUAAGUUUAUGUCAGCUUUCGUAAAAGUUAAAACUUUUCUCGUCUUUUUGUAUAUAUAGAGGACAGAUUUAAGAUUCCAUAUGGUAAGCCGAACGUUUCUGCCUCGCCGAAAGUUUCUGGCUCGCGAGUCCUCUUUUUGUAGCCAUUAUUUUUUAAACCCCUUCUUUGGUUAAGUUUUCAUAAUUUGAAAGCUAGGAAACAGAAGCUGGAUUGCAUCUCUUUUACCUUUUUGGUGGUUUACUGUUUACGCAUUCCACCCAGAUUUAUUUGUUGCUACAUUAUUUUGACUCUGCUGUUCUUAUUUUUUUGAAGUAGAAAGGGCGGUCAAAGGCAUUCAAGAAGUUUAUGAAUUUUCUUCCCUUUGAUAAUUUAACAAGUUUUACUACAUAGUUUAUGAUUUCUCGGAGCUUUAGGUUGAUUCUUUUUUCCCAUGGAAAAUUUCUAUGCUGGAUUGACCAGACCACUCUCCCAACCGCAAAAAAAAAAAAAAAGGAGGGUUCUGUAUUUUACCUGGAUAUUUUUGAUUUGUUAUUUUUUAGAUUUUGCGCUGCCCCAAAUUGAUAGUACCUGUAAAAGUAUUUUUUUGGAUGAAGACUUUUUGUUGAAAACUUGCUUGACGUUGUUUCAAUAGUGUGUUAAAGUUUUCUUCUCCCUCAAUUGUGAACAAUUUAGUUUGUAUUGAUCACAGACUAAACCUGGUUCAGUUACGCGUUAUCAGAUUAUCUGUGGAAAGUUCUUUAUAUAUUUCUCAUUAUUGGCUUAAUUAAAUUAAAAUUUUCUUAUAAUAUCUUUUAUCCUGAGUAUCUUUACAAUGACUUUGUCUCAUAUGCAGAGCGGUUUUAUACAGUUUUGCUUGAUGCCUAAUUUUAAUGGGCAGGUUAGGUUACAUUUUCCAGUGUUGUGCUUGAAGAUAUCACUAUAGGUAGCUCGAAGAACCAGACAAUCUUGCAUCUUAUGCAAUCUAUGUGAACAUGGAACUCGAUGGUAAUCAGGUAUUUUGCCAUAGAACUAUCGACCAUAAGUCUGACUCCAAACUUUUUGGAUGCAACAAUGUUGCUUUGGACUCAACUGGACUCAAGUCUGGAAAUGGGAUUGUGAAUGGAGAUCAGCAUAUGGUCUUCAGUUGUAUGAAUGGCAAGGAAGGCAAUACAGAUCAAUUAAAAUAUGCAUUCAAUGGUGAAGGUGGUUGGGCUGCUUCAAAACUUGAUUCUUCUAUCAUUGUGGAUGAUUCAAAAAGUGAUGAUGAGAAAGAAGUAGGAGACUUUGUCCCACCAAUGCCAUCGAUUCAUUCUUCACUGAAAAUUGAAUCAUUUGAGCAGGACCCAGUUUUCUAUGUAGGCAAAAGUGUUAUGGAAUCUAAACUGCCGGAGUUGGUAGUUUGUUACAAGGAGAAUAUUUGCCAUGUUGUUAAGGACAUCUGCGUUGAUGAGGGAGUCCCUUUCGGGGACAGGUUCUUGUUUGACCCAGGUGUUAGUGAGGAGAAUUUGCGCAUAAUUCUGCCUAUUGAGGACAUAAAUAGUGAGAUAGCAAAAGAAAAAGUUGAUCUAGAUACUUGUAUACCAGACAUUCUGAAACCUUCGUCAGAAAAAGGGAAAUCAGCACUUUGUUUGCCUAUUCCUGAUGUUCUAAUAUCUUCAGAAGAAAAGGGAUCUAAAAAUGAAUUUUCUCUUGGAUGCGAUUCCAAGAAGUUGAUGCCAAUAGAGGAAGCAGACGUUAACUCAAUGGAUGAAAUUGCAAAUGUUACACUCAAAGCGAUUUUUUCACUUGGAGAAUUGCUUUCAAUGCCCGAAGUGGACAUGGAGCUUUCACAACCCGGGUCUUCUCAUAACAAUGUUGAUAAAGCUGAACGACAGUCUAUUCAGAGGCCAAGUGAAAACACAAUCAUAGCAAUGGCUUCUGCCUGUGAAGAAACUGAAAAUGGCAAUGAGCAAGCAUUCUUGGUGAAUCCUGUUGUACACGUGGCUGAAGAAUUAUAUUCUGGCCAUCAUGAAGCUGUCUCUGGAACCCUUGCCCUGGAUUCUGCAACUAAAGCAGACGAAACAGUAUUAGCAAGUACUGCUAUGAAAUCUAUAACUGAGGGAUUAGAAAAUGGCAGCAGAGACAAUAAAAUGGCAAGCCCUUAUGGGGAUUUUGUGCCCGAAUCAACCCAUGAUGGGGAAGGGGGUUCUGUGCCUGAAUCAACCAGUACAAUUGGAGAUGAAUCAUCCGACAACAAUAGGGUGGAGACUAUAUGUACAAGUUUUAACUCUCACUCUUCUACACUAGCAGCAAGUGGAGGAGAGAAGGAUUCUCAGAAUGGUGGCUCUGAACAUAUUGAGUCGUGCUCAUCCAGGCUGGAGGGGACUAACAUGGAGCCAUUUUCAAGUCAACUUCAGUACAGUCUUGAGGAGACAAAUUUCUCUGCUUCAGGUCCUCUAUUAGGUCUGAUAAGCUAUUCAGGGCCAAUUGCAAAUUCUGGCAGUGUCUCUCUUAGAUCCGAUAGCAGCACAACGAGCGCCUGCUCCUUUGCAUUCCCCAUAUUGCAGUCGGAAUGGAAUAACAGUCCUGUAAGAAUGGUGAAAGCUGACCGUAGACAUUUCCGGAAACAUAGGAAUUGGAGGCAGGGCCUUCUUUGCUGUAGAUUCUGAAUGCUUUUGUUAUGUCCAUAGGUUAAAGUAGAAAAAUAUAUACUUCACACAAUUUAUUUAUUUUUUAGGCAGUAGUACUGAUACACAUAUUUCUCUUCUCUCUUACUUUGGGGUGCAUGUGCAGUAGGGCUAUAAAUUGUCAUGCUUUUAGGUUUGAUCUCAUGGCAUGCCAUUUGAGAUGCAAGCAAUACGUAUAUAAUUUUGUUUGUUAUUUGA